UUGUUGACAUGACAAUCAACAGUAAUCAAUUUACAGAUCAAGACAAAAUGGGCAAGACAAAUGUACCGAAAAGCACAAUGCCUGAUCGCCGACGUCAGCGCCAUCAGAGGACGCGGCAAGAUGCUGGUGUUCGGGAUGACCCAGUUGGAGCUAGUAACCGAGACGAGGUGAGGCCAAAAGCAGCUCCUCCUGAGACGACUAGACCUGAGAGACAAGGAGGUAGUGGAGUAAGUUAUGCUGAACCCAAGGAGUAUGAAGCAGUGACCAUCAUGCCUGAUAAGGAAGCUCCAUCCGAACCUCAGAAGUACCGUCGCCGAGAAGUGAUAAGUAACUGGUCGAGGUAUGAAGAGUUGCCCCCAGAUGAUGAACCUGAAGAUGGGGAAGAUUAUAUGAUUGGGGAAGACUUCUCCAAGAUUCUUGAACAACAAGCAAAUUCAGCUGAUGGAGGGUUCUUCAAGAUGAAAGGUGAAAAAAUGUGGGAUGACACAGAGAUUGGCAUUCUUACUUCUCAUGGUCUUGGAGCACUGAAUGUGGCUGAUAUUGUGGCUGCUUUUAAUACCAUACCACUACAUGUGCAACUUAACAUCCCAGAGGAAACGCUGCCUAAGCGUGUUGUUAAACAUUAUGUAAAUCUUGCAGAAGAUAAUCUGAAGUUGUAUAAACCUAGCAGUGGUUAUGCAAACUGCAUGGAUGUUAAUGAAAAGAUUCUCCAGAGUCUGAAAAUCAGUGAGGAUGAGCCCCUUACACUUGUGAAUGAUGAAUCGACUGAUGACAGACAAGGCUCCAAGAAUGCAGUGGAUGUGGCAUUGACACUGAGUAGUGAAUUUGCUCCAGAGCCUGAUGAUGUUGAUCUAGAUACGCUAAUUAGAGAGCCAAGUCCAGAGAAACGGCCAAGUCCAGUCAAAGAGAUGAAGAGGAGGGUCAAAGAAACUACCCCAGUGAAAGAAUUUAGCCCUGCUAAGGAGUACAGUCCAAUGAGAGACUUUAAACCUGUGAAAGAUGUUAGCUCAAUAAAAGAAUUUAGCCCUGUUAAAGAAUUUAAUCCAAUUAAAGAUUUUAGCCCUGUUAAAGAAGUUAGUCCACUUAAAGAAGUUAGUCCAUUUAGAGAUAUUAGUCCACUAAAAGAACCAAGUCCAUUUAAAGAAACUAGUCCAUUUAAGGAAAUUAGCCCACUUAAGGAUAUUAAUCCAAUUCAGAAUGCUAGUUUUAUGAAAGAAGUUAGCCCUCUUAAAGAAAUUAGUCCCAUGAGAGAGGUUCCUCAAGUGAGCAAUGAAACUAAUCCUGUGACUGAAGAACCUGAAGUGGAGGAGACGCCUAAGGUAGAGACCGAAGUCACUCAUGUUCCAAAGGAGAGGAGAAGAGGUAGAAGAGAAGCAAAUACCUCUGCACAAAACAAGAAAUCUGAAAAUGAGAAGCCAAAAGAAUUAGUUAGAGAUAAGAGUCCCAAAGAAAAGAUGAAGGAGAAGAGUCCUAGAGAGAAGAGAAAGGAAAAGGGCCACAAGGAACAGGUAAAGGAGAAGAGCCCAAGGGAACAUGUGAAGGAGAAGAGCCCAAGGGAACAGGUGAAGGAGAAGAGCCCAAGGGAACAGGUGAAGGAGAAGAGCCCAAGGGAACAGGUGAAGGAGAGGAGCCCAAGGGAACAGGUGAAGGAGUGGAGCCCACAAGAACAACUGAAGGAGAAGAGUCCCAAAGAACAGGUAAAGGAAACAAAUCUGAUCAUCCCAGACUUUAGUGUAACAAAGAAAAUGGAGAAUAAUGAUUCCCAAAUGGAAUUCAAUUUUGGACUGCUACGGGCUCCUGCAUCUGCCCUUUUCGAGUCUAAGAAGACUGCCAAGGAUGAAAAGAAGGAGUUUGAGCUGCCAAUGCCCCUAAAGCUAGAGGAGAAGGAGGAAUCGGUUCCAGAAGGACCAGUGAUAGAUUUGGAUGAGCCUGUGACAGCAGAGAAACCUGUGCUGCUCCUUAGUAAGACUGAGGCUGAUGACUUAGAGGAUUGGCUGGAUUCUGUACUAGAUGAUUAAUUACAAAAUAUGAGUUUUCAUAGUUGCGGCAUCUUUUUGCUGUCUCUGUGUGUGAUAUAAUUUUUUUUUUUACCUGGAUUGAACAUUAUUGAUAUAUUGUAAUUUUUUUUUCAGAAAUAAUAUGUAUUUGAGUUACAUUGUCUUUAGCAGUUUUGUUGUGUAUUAUGUGAGAACAGUCUUAAUGACAGGAUUAAUAUAAGAAACAGCCUGUCUCUAGAAUCUUAGCAAGAUCAUCAAAUAUUUUGAUUGGAUUGUAGUUGUGUUCAUUGCCAUAUCUUUUUUACCUGCUGUGUUGAUUUGAGGUUGGAAGUGCUGCUAAAAGUAAAAUUCUUUCUUCUGGUAAAAACAAAAAACAAAAAAAUACAUCUAUCAAGGAAUCAGUGUAAAAAAAGAAAUAUUGUCUAUAGUUAACCUUUGUUCCUUUGCCAAAGCAAUAUAGAUUUCAGCUUCAUUACCAUUUGAAGGGCAGUUUUAAAGGACUUUUUGUGGAAAUAAAUAUAAACUAUAACUCUAGAGUAAUGGCAUUUUUAUGCAUGGCUUUGUGUUGCAGGUUUCUAAUUGCAUGAUUUACUGUAAAUGUUUUUUCAUGUAGUUGCAGGAGUUCAUGUAAAUUUUGAAGAAUAUGAUACAUGAAAAGUAUAUAUCUAUAUUAAUCAGUCAUACUUACGAUAUUCUACAUAUGUACAUAGAUAAAGAAAUGCACACACACAUAUGAAUACACCUGCAUAUGCACAUGUACACACACACACACACACAGGCACAAGCAUCCCCCCCCCCCCACAC